AUGGAUUCUCUGAUGCAUGCAACAAAGCAUUUGCAGCAGUUGUUUAUUGAAAUUAAUGGUGAUAUUGAAAUUAAUCUAGUGGCGUCCAAGACACGAGUGGCUCCAAUAAAGCGUCAGUCUAUACCUCGUUUAGAGUUGCUUGGAGCAACUAUUUUAGUCAAACUUGUCAAAUCUGUCAAAGAAGCGAUGAGCUCUCUAAAAACGCCUCCUGAAGUGUUCUUGUGGAGCGAUUCUUACACCGUCUUGUGUUGGAUUCGUAAUGACAAAACAUGGAAGCCUUAUGUUCAAAACAGAGUGAAGGAAAUCAGGGAACUUUUCGACCGAGAGAAAUGGAGAUUCUGUCCGGGAGAGAUCAAUAUAGCCGAUCUACCCUCAAGAGGUUGUUCUGCAGAGGAACUAGUUAGAAACCAUAGUUGGUGGAAAGGUCCCGAGUUUUUGAAUCAUUCACCCGAGUACUGGCCUCAAGAGCCACAACAAAGCUACAUCGAUAACCAGGAGAAAGCAUUAGCUGAAAUCAAGAAGACCUCACCAACCAUCGUGUACUCAAUGGCGAAUCCAUCAAUCAACAACAAUCACGAAAGUUUCGAUAUCGGCGAUAUAAUAGACAUAAAUCGAUAUAGCACUAAAUUGAAACUGUUACGAGUAACAGCAACGGUUAUAAGAUACGCGAAAAGAUGGAGAAACCCUCGACACAAAUUCGAAAGUGCUGAGUUGACGGCGCAAGAAUUACAGGAAGCUGAAAUGCGAUGGAUCCAGACCGUUCAAGAACACGAACUUCAACACGAGUUAAGUUACCUUAUAGGAAUGUCAAAAACUCCGACACCCGUGGUCUCUCAAUUGGGUUUGUUCCGCGACGACGAUGGUCUAAUACGAUAUGACGGAGGGAUUGGAAAUUCGUCUCAACAAAAAGAAUCCAAACAGCCGAUUCUCCUACCAGCAACACAUUACUUCACAGAGCUACUUAUCAAAGAGCAGCACGAAGUUGUACACCACAAUGGCAUUCGAGACACUCUCAACUCGAUUCGUCAGAAAUAUUGGAUCCAACGAGGUAGAGAAUCAGUGAAGCGAAUAGUAAGAAGAUGUGUCGUGUGCAGAAAGAUCGAAGCGAAACCUUUCCCAACACCGAAAGCUCCGCAGCUCCCAGCGUGUCGAGUAUGCGAAGAACCACCCUUCUCUAAUACCGGUAUACAUUUCGCUGGUCCAGUUUACGUAAAAAAAAUCGUCUGGAGCAAUUAACAGCAACGACCAAGACAAAGUAUACAUAGCGCUCUUUACCUGUGCAUCUACGAGGGCUUUGCAUUUAGAACUAGUAGAAAACAUGUCAGCAGCUACCUUUCUUCAAGCGUUUAGACGUUUUUCAAGUCGUAGAGGACUGCCAACGAAGGUCUUGACGGAUAAUGCAAAAACAUUUAUAAGUCGGCAUCGAAAGAAGUGAGGAUGAUUUGUCAGUAGAAGAAUAACAUGGGAGUUUAUUACUGAGAAAGCUCCAUGGCACGGUGGAUUCUGGGAGAGGAUGGUGCGAAGUGUUAAACGUUGUCUAAAGAAAGCUAUCGGACGCGCUUCGUUAUCUUUUGGAGAACUACGCACCCCACUAGUCGAGAUUGAAAGCACCCUUAAUAAUAGACCGUUGACGUUUAUGUAUGAUGACGAACAGAGAAUAUCGUACGCACUCACACCAUCGCAUUUGAUCCACGGACGACAAAUUUCAAGCGCUCCAAAUGACAAGCAUUACGAGAUUAUUAGCACAAAUCAGUCUCUCACCAAGCGAGCAAAGUACCUUCAACGCGUUUUAAACCAGUUUAUCAAACAAUUGAGAACAGAAUACUUGUUGAAUUUAAGAGAAUCAUCCAAAUCGAUUCGACCAAACAGCAAUGUGCAAAUAGCAGUCGGAGAUACGGUAAUUUUACGGACUGACAAUACACGACGCACCUUUUGGAAAUUGGCUAAAGUGGAAAUGUUGCUUCCCAGUAGCGAUGGUACAGUGCGGUCUGCUAAAGUUAUGGUUAACGGUGAAAGCGGUAAACGGAUCACAUUACGGCGACCAAUACAGCAUUUGAUACCCCUCGAAGUAAAGGCAAGUGCGACGGAUGACAGCUGUGUCCAGAGCCGUGCGGAUCAGCAGAACACAGAAAUAAAAGAUAACGACCAACUACAAGGACGAACACCGAGACGUAAGGCAGCUGUAGUUGGCGAAAUCGUAAGAAGACAACUUAGUUCGUGA